UUAAGCGUCAGAGUUGCUUUAACCGCGUAGCAAGCCAGACGUGUGUACAUUUUUCUGCUAACGCGUAUUAAAUUCGCUGUCGUCGCACCCUCGCCGCGUCCUGCCUAAAAACCAACCCCCAAUCUUUUAUUUUGGCAGUCGGCUGUGCUACAUAAAGUGCAAACGUGAAAAACACAUUUUAUUUAAAGUUUUGAUAUAUAUUCGAAACUAAAGUGUAUACAAUUUUAGGCAAUUGUUGCGCGCUUAAACAACAAGAUGGGCAAAGCGGACUGCAUUAGCUACGAUGAUAAUCAAUUGCCUUUUAUUGAUUUGGGCACAUCCAAAAUACGCAUGGACAAGGAGCAGGCACCAGAAUGGGCACUGAAAAAGGCACAGGACGAGCUGCGCGAAACGCCCGAAAAUAAGGACAAAGCUAUUAAAGAAUUGCGCGAAAUGAUACAAAAUGAAAAAAUGUUAAACUUGCCGCUGGAUGAUGAGUAUAUGAUGAUGUUUUUGCGUCCUUGCCAUUAUUAUCCUGAAAGUGCUAUGAAGCGCUUGCGCAACUUUUAUCACAUGAAAAUUAAGUACGGUCAGGCCUGUGAGAAUAUUGUGCCCGAUAAGCUGCGCAAUCUAUUCGAAGCUGAUGUGCUAAAUCUCUUGCCCACUCGAGAUCAGCAGGGCAGGCGUUUGCUGGUGCUGGAAGCGGGCAAGAAAUGGAAACCAUCGCAGGUGCCGCUGCAGGAUUUAUUCCGUGGCAUACAACUGACAGUGCUGGGCUCGAUGGCGGAGCCGCUUUCACAAAUCUGUGGCGCUGUUGUUAUCAUUGAUAUGGAAGGUUUACCUCUGAGUCACAUUACACAAUUUACGCCCUCAUUUGCAGCUAUGUUGCUGGAUUAUAUACAGGACUGCAUUUGUAUGCGUCUUAAGGGCGUGCAUAUUGUAAAUAAUUCAUAUAUAUUCAAUAUGCUGUUUGCCAUUUUCAAACCUUUCAUCAGAGAAAAGCUGCGCAAGCGCAUCUUUUUCCAUGGCAAGGACUGGAAAUCGCUAACCUCGCACAUUGAUGCUGCAGCGCUGCCACCUAAAUAUGGCGGCACUGCCACUUGGGAGUUGCCACCUGGCAAAGUGCUGGGCGACUUCUUCAAUUGCUAUGCAAAGGACUAUGAGCAGGCCGACAGCUAUGGCUAUGCCGAGGGCUACAAAAUCAAAAAGAAGUAAACCGCGCGCUCCAACCCUCACACACAUUUCUCUCUCAAACAAAUAUAAUUUUUAUACGUACUUUAGUUGCAUAAGUUGGGUCAUUUGUGAUAUUGCAAAGAUGUUUAUUGUAAAUUUUGUUAUCUAUAGAAUGCGUCUUUAGUUAACUGUAUAAUCUGUACAAUUGAUAUUGUAUGCAAAGACUUUAACUAGGGUUUUGUUAAGGUAAAAUAUACAACAACUGAAACUAAGUAUAGCCAGCGUUAAUAUUAAUUAAAUAACUUGUUGUAAUUUGAAGAAAUAAAAAUGUAAAUUUUGUUAAAAA